AUGUCCUUUGCUGGCAAAAUACUUCAACACAGCGCCCGCCUGUGGAAUGGCCUCAGUUCCAAGCGUGGAUUUCACGUCCUAAUGCGCCCCACGGCCAUCGCAGCCGGAGUGACCAACAACAGCAAUCAAACACAACUGGUGGCCAACACAAAUGUUUCCGCAGGACUGCUGACCCCUGUCUCUACUCUGCUGCAGCAGGUCGCCGGCUUUAAAGUCAAGGGACGCCUAAAGAGGCGCUGCAAGGAUUGCUACAUUGUGGUGCGCCAGGAACGCGGUUAUGUCAUCUGCCCCACGCAUCCGCGCCACAAGCAAAUGUCGAUGAAGAAACGUGACUACAAGUCUUGGAUAUUGACACACGCCACCCAGUCCAAGGAACGAGGCUUCUAGUUUUCUGUAGCCCCUACAACUAGCAUUUUUCUUUCAAAUUUAAAUAAAAACAUAAAAUUUUAUCUAUA